UAACCAUGCAACGGACUGCUUAGCUUAUGAAGUAUCGUUAUUCCGGUUAUUCAUUACUUAUUGGCAUUCUCGGCAUUUUUCCGUUGAUCAUUGACUAGUUAUAUUCUUGAAUUUAGAUAUUUUAAUAUUUAUUAUUAUUGUCAGUGAUUCUAAUAAUGUAUUAUACUCGUAUAGCAUAUAACCAGUGAGUUUUCCUACUAUAGUAGAGUUUUUAUUCUUUAAUUAUUAUCCAAUUGAUGUGUAAUUUAAUGUUUUUGAGAACAGAUACAAGAGCUAUUUGAUUAAAAAAUUAUAAACUUAAUAAAAUGGAUAACCUGGAUCUUACGGAGUUAAAAAUUGUUAUCCGUUCCGUUUUAGUUGCAUGCCAAAACCCUUUAACAGUUGAAGAAUUAUGGAAAAAAGUGACUUACAUGUUUGGUGGACCACAAAAAUUACAAAUACAAAUGCAUGGUCACAUGACACCUUUUGAUUUUCUUAAAAGUAUACCAGAUGUUGUUCAGUUGGAAGAUCCAGAAGAUACAAACUCUAUUAUUAAUUUAAUAAGUUCAAAAUUGAGUAGACAUAUGGAGAUAUUAGUUUCAAAAAAUAUAAUAAGGCCACCUAAAGAUAGAAAUCAUCUCCAAGAAUUAUUGAUACCAUAUAGAACACAAUGUGCAUUUAUCAGAAUAUUUUAUGAAUUAUAUCCAGAAGGAUUAUCAAUAAGUGAUUUUGAAUCAGAUGUUUUGUGUAUUCCAAUAUUUCAGUCAUACACCAGCUGUGUUAAUAAACUAUUGUACAAUUUAGACCAUAUAUUUUUAAAAAAGGAAAGAGAAAUGAUAAGCUUGCAUCCAAAAAUAAUAAAUAGCUUAAAAAUAAUUGAAACAGAAGAUAAAUUUACAGCAAUAGAUAUACAUAACAUUGAUGAAUAUUCAUUGAACAAUAAAUAUGAUGAUCAACAAAUUUCGAAUGGACUGGAAUACCCAUUAUUUAAUAUUUUAGAAGAAACAGUUAAAACUAAAAUUGAACAACUAUUAAAUGAAGUACCUGGUUGGAUAUCUGAUGGACAAAUAUGUAAUUUAUACAUGAAAAAAUUUGGUUCUGUAUUUACUCAUAGUAGACGAUGGGGUUUUACAAGAGUUAGUCAAAUGUUUUCUAAGCUACCAGAACUGUGCUGUGUUCAUUUCUCAGAAGAUGAGAUAAAAAUAUUUUCAUUAAAAAAUCAUACUUGUGUUAAGAAUCUUAAAAAGUCAGAUGUAUUAGAAGAAGCAAAUGAUAACUUAGAGACCAGAUUUGUUCCUGUUAAUGCAAAAAACAUGUAUGAUGAACCCAGUGAAAAUGAUGGAACAUUAAAAGCAUUUUUAAGAAAUGAUCCUUACUUAGAAGCUUCCUUAAGUGAUUGUUUUUUAAAGCAAGAAAUUCAACAUUUUGAACUGAAAAUCAAUAAUUCAUUUGAUGUCAAUGUCUGUAGAGUUGAUACAAGUUAUAUGCCAACCAUAAUAUGUCAAUGCAUGGAUCAAUAUCAUGAAUUUCAGAAGUUAUUAGUUGAUAUGAAAAACUUUUAUUUCAUGAAUGAAUCAAAGUUUUUAUUUGAUACAAGUAUAACCAUGGUGAAACAUACAUAUGCAUAUUUUUUGGAUGAUUUUUGGUUUCGAGGGAUUGUUACUGAUGUCAAAUUAGAAAGAUUAGAAAUGAUAAAUAUUGAUGAUGGUUCGAUGCAUACUAUUCCACCGGAGGACAUCAGGUUAUUGCAUGUACGAUUUGCCCAACUACCAGCACAAUCAGUUACUUGUAAAUUACAUGGAAUAGAUUCUAUUGCCGAAGAUGAGCUUUUGAAUAUUUUUGAUAAAAAAUGUAAAAUUUACGUUGUUUCUACUGAUCUACAAAAUAAAUCUACAAGUGUCAAAAUUAAAUUGAUGGAUUCUGCAUCAGAUAAAUACUUAAAUGAUGAAUGGAUUGAAAGUGGUGUUGCUCAACAAGAUUCAGAUGAAGAAUAAUAAAGAUAUAAUUGUAUUUAGCUAUAGACUAUACUAAUAAUUAAAUCCAUAAGCUAUAGAAAUAAAACAA